GGACUGUGCCGCCCUCCGACCGCUCCCCCGGGCUUCUCUUCGGACCGUUAACCUCGAAUGAGGAACGAGCGGGGAGGAAAGGGAGGGGCUGCGGCGGCGCUGGCACAGCCCGCCGGGCCCGGGGCCGGGGGCGGCGAGGUCACGUAACUGCUGCUCUGGCAUCUGACCGGGGAGGAGGCUCCCUCCCCGGCAGCCCGAGCCCCGCUGCGCCCGCCGCGGCUCGGAAACAGUUACCCGCUGGUAAACAACAGCUGCGCGCGCAUCCGCAUCAGCUGGCGCCGGGAUCCCGCACCUGCGACCUCCUCCUACCCUCAUCCUCGCCGCUCCCUCCUGCUCAGCCAGGGCCAGCCUGCGAGGCCGUCUCCUCUUCUGUUAGGACCCGAAGAAAGAACAGCGAGGGGCUACCUUGCGCCGGGGCCCUGGUAGGGGAGGAAAGCAUCUCCGGCAAAGGGGUGGCUCGUCCUGUCACACGCAGGAGAAACCCAGCAAACCGAUCGGGGGCUCGAUGGACUAGCAGCUACCUGCCACGACCCUGAACUGCAGUCCGCGGAGUCUCGAUCCGCUAGCCGGCGCCUCCCAGAUCCCAGGGACCUUUCUGCCAGAAGAGCGGGAGGGCCACCCUCGCAGACCUCUCGGAGGCAGGAAUCCGCUUUGCCCCUGCAGCCUCCUCUCCUCACCCUUGUCUCCUCAUUCUCCUCCAUCCAUAGUGUGCGAUAUUUUUCCCGUUAUGCAUGCUCACCUCUCCCACCAGGCCCAAGUGGAUUAUCGGCCUCAAAAACAUCGGGUGGCUCUACACACAUCUCCUCCCAGCCAGACCUGUGGGGUAUUCACCUGAUACACAACAGGUGGUCGGGUGUACACCGUUUCGCAAUCUGAUCUAUACUGUUUAUAUUCGCCUGAUAAGGGUGGGCCUCUGCGCACUUUGCUCAUCUAGCCGUGGGACAUUUACAGAUAAGGGACUAACUACCUCGGCAGAAACCUUAAGGUCGAGGAGAGAAAGGCUUCGUCACCUGCUUCUCUGAGACCAUGGCUGGCUGCCCGCAUCCCUGGACCAGGGGAGAUAACUAGAUAGCUCUUCAUUCUGAAGGAACGAAGUUACACGAGAUUGGCAUCGUUUGUCUUUUUUUUUUUUUCCUUAAAUAUUUUCCAGCUGCUGGUAAUGCACUUUUUAGGACAGGCGGCUUGAAUUCUGAGUAGAAGGAUACUUAUAUAUAGUGGCUUUUUGUGUGGUGUAAAUCAAGGUAAUUGAGAGGUUUUUUUUAAGUUAUCUUUUCUAUUUUUGCAACCAAAAUUGCUAGCGUAGGAGGAAGGGUUUUGCAGGGUUUUUCCUUUUUUCUUUGUCCUUAUAAAGGAAAAGAAAAAAAAAAAAAUGCAUCCUUCAGAAAACACCACCAAGAUGGCUUCAGUUCGGUUCAUGGUGACACCAACAAAGAUCGAUGACAUUCCAGGUUUGUCAGACACCAGCCCGGACCUCAGUUCUCGAUCCAGUUCCCGGGUAAGAUUUAGCUCCCGGGAAAGUGUACCUGAAACAAGCCGUAGUGAGCCUAUAAGUGAGAUGUCUGGAGCCACCAGUUCACUGGCGACUGUUGCACUGGAUCCAGCUAGUGACCGGACUUCUAACCCCCAGGAUGUUACUGAGGACCCGAGUCAGAACUCCAUCACAGGGGAGAACAGCCAGCUGUUAGAUGAUGGACAUAAGAAAGCUCGAAAUGCUUAUCUUAACAAUUCCAAUUAUGAAGAAGGAGAUGAAUAUUUUGAUAAAAAUUUGGCACUCUUUGAGGAAGAAAUGGACACCAGACCAAAGGUGUCUUCUCUCCUCAGCCGCUUGGCCAAUUACACUAACCUGACGCAAGGAGCAAAGGAACAUGAAGAGGCAGAGAACAUCACUGAAGGGAAAAAGAAGCCCACCAAGACCCCCCAAAUGGGUACUUUCAUGGGUGUUUACCUCCCAUGUCUACAAAAUAUUUUUGGAGUGAUCCUGUUUCUACGCCUUACAUGGGUGGUGGGCACAGCUGGAGUUCUGCAGGCCUUUGCAAUUGUCCUUAUCUGCUGCUGCUGUACAAUGUUGACUGCUAUCUCCAUGAGUGCCAUUGCCACUAAUGGAGUGGUGCCAGCUGGGGGCUCAUACUUUAUGAUUUCCCGAGCACUGGGCCCAGAGUUUGGUGGGGCUGUUGGCCUCUGCUUUUAUCUUGGUACCACAUUUGCAGCAGCCAUGUAUAUCCUUGGUGCCAUUGAAAUUUUUCUGGUAUAUAUUGUCCCCCGAGCUGCCAUCUUUCAUAGUGACGAUGCACUCAAGGAGUCAGCAGCCAUGCUAAAUAACAUGCGUGUCUAUGGCACAGCCUUCUUGGUCCUCAUGGUAUUGGUGGUAUUCAUCGGUGUACGCUAUGUGAACAAGUUUGCCUCACUCUUUCUGGCCUGUGUCAUUGUGUCCAUCUUGGCCAUCUAUGCUGGAGCCAUCAAGUCUUCUUUUGCCCCUCCACACUUCCCGGUCUGCAUGCUGGGCAACCGCACCCUUUCAUCAAGACACAUUGAUAUUUGCUCGAAGACCAAGGAAAUUAACAACAUGACAGUACCGUCAAAGUUAUGGGGCUUCUUCUGUAAUUCAAGUCAGUUUUUCAAUGCCACCUGUGACGAAUACUUUGUUCACAAUAAUGUCACUUCAAUCCAGGGCAUCCCUGGAUUGGCUAGCGGUGUCAUUACAGAGAAUCUUUGGAGUAAUUAUAUACCAAAGGGAGAGAUUAUUGAAAAGCCCUCAGCCAAAUCUUCUGAUGUCUUAGGCAGCUUAAACCAUGAGUAUGUCCUUGUUGACAUUACCACCUCUUUCACUCUUCUGGUGGGGAUCUUCUUUCCCUCUGUCACAGGUAUCAUGGCUGGAUCAAACAGAUCUGGAGAUCUGAAAGAUGCUCAAAAGUCUAUUCCCAUUGGCACUAUCCUCGCCAUCCUGACUACCUCCUUUGUCUAUUUAAGCAAUGUUGUCCUUUUUGGUGCAUGUAUUGAAGGCGUUGUUCUCAGAGACAAGUUUGGGGAUGCUGUGAAAGGUAAUCUCGUGGUGGGUACCUUAUCUUGGCCAUCCCCGUGGGUGAUUGUUAUUGGCUCCUUCUUCUCCACGUGUGGGGCUGGACUUCAGAGUCUCACAGGCGCACCGAGGCUGCUACAGGCUAUAGCCAAGGAUAACAUCAUACCCUUUCUGAGGGUGUUUGGUCACAGCAAAGCCAAUGGGGAACCUACCUGGGCUUUACUUCUAACUGCUGUCAUUGCAGAGCUGGGAAUCCUUAUUGCCUCCCUGGAUCUUGUGGCCCCAAUUCUUUCCAUGUUUUUUCUCAUGUGUUACCUCUUCGUGAACUUGGCAUGUGCCUUGCAAACAUUACUUCGAACACCCAAUUGGAGACCCCGGUUCCGCUACUACCACUGGGCCCUCUCUUUCAUGGGAAUGAGUAUCUGUCUGGCUCUGAUGUUUAUUUCUUCCUGGUAUUAUGCCAUCGUAGCUAUGGUAAUAGCUGGUAUGAUCUACAAGUACAUUGAGUACCAAGGAGCUGAGAAAGAAUGGGGUGAUGGUAUCCGCGGGCUGUCCCUCAGUGCAGCCCGAUUUGCUUUGCUUCGGCUGGAAGAAGGACCUCCACACACUAAAAACUGGAGGCCUCAGUUGCUUGUAUUGCUGAAACUAGAUGAAGACCUACAUGUCAAGCAUCCUCGCCUCCUCACCUUUGCUUCACAGCUUAAGGCAGGAAAGGGUCUCACCAUUGUGGGCUCUGUCAUCGUGGGGAACUUCCUGGAGAACUAUGGUGAAGCUUUAGCUGCUGAGCAGACCAUAAAGCAUCUAAUGGAGGCAGAGAAGGUGAAAGGAUUCUCCCAGCUGGUGGUGGCCGCCAAGCUGAGAGAGGGCAUUUCCCACCUCAUCCAGUCAUGUGGGCUUGGGGGCAUGAAGCACAACACAGUGGUGAUGGGGUGGCCAAAUGGCUGGCGCCAGAGUGAAGAUGCUCGAGCUUGGAAGACUUUUAUUGGCACAGUUCGAGUGACGACUGCUGCCCAUCUGGCCCUUCUGGUGGCUAAAAACAUCUCCUUCUUUCCCAGCAAUGUGGAGCAGUUUUCUGAGGGCAACAUUGAUGUGUGGUGGAUUGUGCAUGAUGGGGGGAUGCUCAUGCUCUUACCGUUCCUCCUGAAACAGCACAAGGUGUGGCGAAAAUGCAGCAUACGGAUCUUCACAGUAGCCCAACUAGAAGACAACAGUAUUCAGAUGAAGAAGGACCUGGCCACCUUCCUGUAUCACCUUCGCAUUGAGGCAGAGGUGGAAGUUGUGGAGAUGCAUGACAGUGACAUAUCAGCUUAUACUUACGAGCGCACCCUGAUGAUGGAGCAAAGGUCCCAGAUGCUCCGGCACAUGCGACUCUCCAAAACAGAGCGGGACAGAGAGGCACAGCUGGUGAAAGAUCGGAAUUCAAUGCUACGAUUGACCAGCAUUGGCUCUGAUGAGGAUGAAGAGACAGAGACCUAUCAGGAGAAGGUGCACAUGACCUGGACGAAAGACAAGUACAUGGCAUCCCGGGGGCAAAAGGCCAAGUCAAUGGAAGGAUUCCAGGACCUACUUAACAUGCGUCCGGACCAGUCCAAUGUGAGGCGGAUGCAUACAGCAGUGAAGCUCAAUGAGGUUAUAGUUAACAAGUCCCAUGAAGCAAAGCUGGUUUUGUUGAAUAUGCCAGGGCCACCCCGAAACCCUGAGGGUGAUGAAAACUACAUGGAGUUCCUAGAAGUGCUCACCGAAGGACUAGAGCGAGUCCUUCUUGUCCGAGGUGGUGGCAGUGAAGUGAUCACCAUUUAUUCAUAAUCUACCCCUGAAUGACUCUGCUGGGCCUCACCUUUCCAAAAAGGCUUCCAUCCUCCAUGGAAGUGCCAGCUCUUUACUACCACUCCCAUCAACUAGGGACCUGUGUUCUGUGUACAUCACGCUGAACUCUUAACGAGCUGAGCCUCAAGUACUUGUGCAGAAAAGUACAAACAGAUCUGCUCUUUGCUACCAUAUGACCUGCUGUCCUUAAAGAAGAAGCAGAUAUUCCCUCAACCUCAGAACAAUGCUCAAGUCCUACAAGCCAUGCCUGUACCAGAUAAAGGCAAGUUAGAAUUAACAAGCUAAACCAAUAAAAUGAAUUGGCAAAAGGGGGGAUGCUAGAAAUUCAACUGAAGACAAAAGACAAGUACACAUCUAACAUUAAAGAUGAGUCUCAGAAGUCAUGAUUCAAUGAUGACACCAUGCGGGUAACAGCCAGAGAGACACAGCUUCAUCAUACUAAAGAAUUCAUGGCCAAGUACACGGGGAGCUAACAUCUUUGUGGAGACAUCCGUGGCAAGCCAAGAUGAAAAUUUUCGUCAGUGUAUCCACUGCUCUCCAGGACUCUAAUUUUACAUUAGGGUACUAAUAUAUAAAAACUGAAACAUGAAACUGCAGCCCCUACUUCCUCCAAAAUAAUAUUCCCCCAAAAUAUGUUUAAGUACACAUACUGUGUUGUAUAUUUCAGCUGUUUCUCAAACCCAUCCUGUGGUUAGGAUUGUAAUACAGGCACUGUUACCAUGGAAAUUGUUUUUUAAAAGGUUGAGUAAAAAUUCUUUCUUUCAGGUUCUUUGCAAGUGGACAAACUAAGCUAACUCCAAAAUGUAGCUAUCAAGAUUGACAUAAAUGCAGUCUGUGGUUACCUAUGAGACAUGGGCAAAAUAUAUAAGCUGUUAUCUAAGAAAUGCAGAUGAUGAUGCAUAUUGACCAAGAGAUUCUCCUUUCCUUCUCCCUUUUAUGCCUUCUGGGUUAUAGGCACAGAUCAAAAAUCAUAGGAACAAACACACUAGGAAGACUGGCUAAAAUCCUUUCCUAAAACCUUUGGAUUAUCCUUCAAAGGAAGAAUCCAGCAGUGGAAUUCGAAGUUUAUAGCCAUACUCCUUCCGUAGUGCCAAAGUUACUGAGCUGCUGCUACUCUUCUUACCUACUUCCCUGAAGUGGCAUGCAAUUGGCAUUGGCCUGUUUCCAGAAACUUCUUUCAUUAGGAAACCUGUGGACUCAUUCCCAAAGCCAGCCAUAGUGAAGACUUGUAACAGUCUUCUAUUUCAGUUUUGUUUUCAGAAAGCUCUAAAUGUGUCAAGGAAAUGCUUCUGCAAGCUUAGCUUUUUAUUUGCUAACUUAAUGAUCACAAAACACCUGCCUUUCGAGCAUAGGGAAAGUGCCCUGUGUGACUGAGUGGUAAUUUCAUAUAUGUGAAAUCUUCAUUUAUUGUACAGGAUAGGGUAUUCCAAGAAACUAUCUUGCCUGUAUUCACGUCUGCUUUUGAAUUUCAUUUUAUUAAUGAUAAAUAGUACCACUCUUUCAUUACCAGUAGGAUAUGGAGCAAGCUGACUUGCUCCGUAGUCUGCAGACUAUUCAUCUGACCCUUAUGGACAGAGGAGAAAAACCCUUCAAUAUGGCUUAAGAAACUGAGUCAUUUUGGUUUAUUCCCUUUGCUCUUGUUUCAGUGUCCCAGCCCACUCAGGUAGCAAAGCAGACAAGAUCUUUUAAGUCUUUUUUCUGCUGCUUUCUGCAGAGGGUAGAAGCAUUGUUUACAACUUUCAUUGCAACACUCCAUUGCUAAGUUGAGUCCAGCAGUAGUGGAACAGGUCCCCUAGGACCCAAGCUAGUAAAGAUCCAUGCUCUAAAGGUCAGCUUUCCCAGGAAUUCCUUUACAUUUACACAAAACCUCUGGCCAAAGUGAUAAAUAUUUUUUCCCAUAUAGAAAAAAUACGGGCAGAAAAUAAGGUUAGUUUUACAAGAGCUUUUUGUGGCUGGAGCUCUGUAAGAAUCCUUUAAAGGGAUAAUGGAAUUAGUGGCUGCUAAUACAGCCCCUACUUUAGGCCCUAAAACACAAUCACUGUUACAUGGGGAAGUGUUUAUUAGGCCAGAUUUAAACUCAUCUCUGUCUAGAGCAUUUCAUGUCUAUGUGUUACUUAUGUUGUCUGCAAGGUGUCUUGUCUCUUUUAAUCACUGCAAAUAAAGCAAUACCGAAAACUUGAUGAGAAAAUGCACCUUAGAGGAAGGGGCUUUGUGUUUCAAGCAGGAAGAGAAAGGAAAGACCUCCUCCUGCCUUUUGAAGAGAUCCAGCUUUUAAGUCUUAGCUAUGACUUUACCAGGGCAGGUUAUGACAAUAUUCAUUUUCCAACUGCUGGCCCUCUGCCUUUUAUAGCCAUCUUAAAAGCUUAAGUUUGAAUUGCAGCAUCUGUCUGACAGGUGCCAAGUUCCUUUUGGCAGGGGAAAGAUCACUACUUUGUAUCUUCCGUUGCCUCAGAUUCCUGUGUCCCCAGAGAUCCCACCAAUCCUCUUUCUCCCUAAACAUGUUAAAAAUCCAUUUUUGUGGAUAUUAAAGUAGCAAUUACACUGUAAGCAUUUUAUGUGCUUUUUUUUGUCUGGUUUAUUUUUCUUUUCAUCAUGUAUAAUCUGAAUUCAGCAUUAUUUUCUCACAUUUCUCUAGUAUCUCCAACAGAAUUUUUAUGUCCCAGCUUGUGUUAAAUAGAAGUGAAAUAUUAAGGAGGAUAGAUUUAAGGGAAACUUGUGCAACUUUUUUUUAAAGCACUGUUCUCAACCAUUUAAUUUAUUAAAAGGAGAUGCUGCUGUAGCUCUUGAUUUAUCAGCAACCACUCUUUUGUUUACAGAGUUAUGGUUUUAUUUGUUGUUUUGCUCUCUACUGGAAACAUAAAUAAAGUUUUCUACCUUAUUUUCAGUCAA